UCCAUCGUCUUCACAGCCCUAAUGUUAACAUGUCACCACUUUCAGUUAGACAUCUGUUUUAGUUGAGUCUCAUUUACCCUCAUUCCUUGCAUUGAACCAGGGACUAGCUAUGGCACAUGCCUUGAUGCUUCUGUUAGAAAGUCCUGUUCUUAUUGCUGCCAUUUUCAUUAGUGGCAUUGGUGGGACAUUCCAGUUCGGCUUUCAUAUAUCUGUCCUAACUUCACCUUCUUCUUUCAUAAAGGAGCUGGUGAACACCACAUGCCUGCAGCGCUAUAGUAUAUCCCUGGAACAGUGGGAAGUGACUCUCAUCUGGUCCUUCAUCGUCUCCAUCUUCUGCAUCGGGGGUCUCCUCGGGUCCCUGUGUGCCGGCCGCCUCUCAUCAGCGUAUGGGAGAAAGAGAUGCCUGUUGUUGAACAACCUGUUUGCCAUUGGCGGUGCUGGGAUGAUGCUGUUGAGUAAAACGGCCAUGUCCUUUGAGAUGAUCAUGGUUGGACGUUUCCUCUAUGGCAUUAAUGCAGGUGUUAGCCUCAGUGUCCACACCAUGUACCUAGUGGAAUGUGCCCCCAAGAGGCUGCGAGGGAUAGUGGGUGUGUCUGUUUCCACCUUUCUGUCCAUGGGGAAGUUCUCAGGUCAGCUUCUGGGGAUCAGUGAGUUAUUGGGGACAGAGGACAGGUGGCCUUGGUUGUUGGGCUUCAGUGGUGCGACCGCCCUGCUCCAGCUCAUCACCCUGCCCUUCCUCCCAGAGUCACCCAAAUACCUGCUGCUGGACCGGGGCGACCGCCAGGGCUGUGAGAAGGCCAUCCGCAGGCUGUGGGGAAACAGAGACCACAGUGCGGAGGUGGAGGAGAUGCUGGUGGAGCACGCCUCCAUGAAGGGAGUCCGCAGCCACACUGUGUUGGACCUGAUCCUGGACCAGGACGUACGCUGGCAGUUCCUCACCAUCCUCGUCACCUUCACCACCCUGCAGUUCAGUGGCAUCAACGCUGUGUACCUUUACUCAUUUGACGUGUUCCGUACUGCAGGGAUCCCCACACACCAGUUACGCCAUGUUGCCUUGGGAACCGGUCUGUGUGAGGUUUCUACCUCCAUGGCCUGUGUGAUGGUGAUUGAGAGCACAGGAAAGAGGCUAAUGCUCUAUAGGGGUUACCUAUGCAUGGCAGUUACCCUGGGUCUCCUGACCCUUACACUAUACCUGCAGAUCCAAGUUUCCUGGAUGCCUUACUGCAGUAUGCUUCUCAUCUUCAUCUUCAUCUUCUUCUUCUCCAGUGGACCAGCUGGUGUGACAGUGGCUCUACCUGGUGAUAUCUUCAACCAGUCGUUCAAAUCAGCUGCCUACACCAUCGGCUGCACCCUCAACUGGCUGGGCCUCUUCCUCCUGGGGUUGCUCUUCCCCCUCAUAGUGGAGAAUUUGGACUACUUUUGUUUCCUGAUUUUCUUCGUCUUCUGUUUCCUGUCUGGGGUGUUUGUGUGGUACAACGUGCCUGAGACCAAGAACCGCACUUUCAUGGAGAUCACGGCCGAGUUUCAGAGGAUGCAUCCCAAAAGGGGAUCCUCGGGGGAGGGAAGGACGAGACCUCCUGAACCCAGUCAUAUCAAGGCAUGCACAACCACCAAAUUCUGAACAUUUUCCAUAAUGAAUGACAGUGUGUCUGACUUGCACAUUGUUUUGUCGUUCCUGUGAAAACAUUGUCUUUGUGAAAACUCCUCUGUUAAGAUUUGCCCCACACAUCCAUGUCCAGUCUGCUGUCAUCUUGAUUGCAAAUCAAUAAUUUUGACCUUUAUGAUGGUAAGUAUUGUGUGAUUAAUAGGUGGCCCAGAGAGUUAACAUUUUUAAGUAGUUUUAGUAUUCUGAGCAGGCCAAGGUCUGUCGUCAUCAUGCUCUGGCCCCAGCCAUACAGACACUAAUCAGGCAGGAAAAGGUUUUACCUCUGACACCUACUUGUAAAGGCAGCAUUCUGUGCAUACUUUACUGAUGAACAAGGUAAGGUACAUAAUUUUAGCAUGAUUCAAUCAGCUCACCUUGAGUUUCUUAUUGGUGAGUCAGCAGGGCUGCCAUGCAUAGCUUAUCUGUCUGAUUUAUUACACUCACUUUGAGAGUAUUUUUUUCAUUACUGUGGUGUGUAGGAUUAUUUCAAAUGGAAACUUAUGUCUACUGUCUAUAUUCACGAGAAAAACAGUACCAGUGAAAAGUUUGGACACAUCUACUCAUUCAAGGGUUUUUCUUUAUUUUUACUAUUUUCUACAUUGUAGAAUAGUAGUGAAGACCUCAAAACUAUGCAAUAACACAUGGAAUUAAGUAGUAACCAA